AUGAAAACUGCUGCUGCAUCUCUCCCUGCCGGCCGAAUUUUUCACAUCCCAGGUGGAGAGAUUAAUGAAUCGGCAUGCCUCUCCACCGCUCCAAGAAAACAGCAGCAACAUACCCGCUUCAGAUGGAAAGGGAGAGCCAUCUUUUAUCAUCUAGAAGACACUUAUCAAAGGUUUGUCAUGUCCGUAGAAGAUCAAGAAGUUUAUGACAAAGUAAACAAACGGUUGCACUACGAACUCAUGUCCAUUUCCAGAAAGUUGUCCCAAACUACUCGACGAAGAAGGCAGCUUAUUCUUCAAGAUAAGAGAAGUAGGAGGCGAUCUGUUGUUGAAGUUAGGCUACUAUGUAUUUGCAUGACUUUGAUACUUGUAUUGUAA